UGGUUGGUGUCUCUCAAAUUCGUUGUGAAUCAGUUGCUCUGUUUCCAAUUUAUUUUAAUUUUUAUUUUUUUUUUAAAAGAAAUUGUCACUAAAAUUUUCUUACUUCAUCAUCAAUCAAUUGCACAGAGCACCAUCACAUCAAUCACUACAGACUCAACUGAUUGAUUUAACUGUCUAACAAGCUAUUGGUUGUUUGUGAAUAGGCGAGUAAUGGUGAGGAGCCAAUGAAGCUGAAGCUAUAUUCUUCCUGGGGGAGCUCUUGCUCUUGCCGUGUUCGUAUCGCUCUCAACUUCAAAGGAUUUGAAAGACUAAUUGGUAAAUUUGGGUUGAACUUUAGUCUUGAACAAGCUGAAGGCCCUUAUUGUGGAUUAUAAUUUUUACAAUUGCAGCACCCUACGGUCUUACCAUAUUUUAGAGUGCUUUCAUCACUUCAUACUGAUGUUGAAUACCCGGUGUUCUCCAAAUAAAUUCAAGGAAACGGUUUGCAAUUUAAGUGAAGACAAAAAGGUUGCCGUACAAGAGAUUGGGUUUGGGUCCCUUUUAGACAUCGAGUGUACCAUUUUGAAGCGCAACCUGUGCUUAUGGUUGGUAGAACACUUUGACCCUAGAACAUCUCAUCUCACCCUUGAAUCUGGCGCUCGGAUCCAUGUUACGCCAAGUGACGUUGAAGAGGUACUUGGCCUACCCUCGGGAAGAGGAGAAGAUGUGCCAAAUUAUAUUGUACAAAGUGUGCAUUGGUUAGAAAAUGGCAUUUUUUUAAAGGACGGUGUAAUAGAAGUGCCAAACUUAGUGCAUCAAUUAGACGUUCUUCCUGUUGGGGAUGACUUCAAGAGGGCUUUUGUCCUUUUCGCUUGCGGAUCACUUCUAGCACCCAUAUCGAAAAAUGAGACAAGCAAAAGGUUAUUGGCAGCGGUUGACAAUGUGGAUGCUAUUAAAUCGUAUAAUUGGGGGAAGUUUGUUUUAGAUUGGUUGAAAAAAGGAAUUGCGUCCUAUAAAGGAAAGGAAGGAAGAGAAGGUUGUACAUACAUACAUGGAUGCUUGUUCUUUCUCAUGCUUUUCUACCUACACCGUGUGGAUGUCAAUGGACCAAAACCGAAGCCUGAGAUGUCAUGCGUACGUGGAUGGACCAACAAAUUAAUAGGCGAGAGAUUGAAUUUGGAGAAGCAUAAAUAUAAUGGUUUCGGCUUCGGUGAGGUAAAGUUUACAACUGAUACAUCUGAAGAUGCCGAUAAGGAGUUGGCAUAUGAAAUUAUUAAAGUUGUUAAGAAAUGGAAGCAACGGCACAAUGUAGGCCAAGGCAGGGGGUCGAGAUCCUCAGAACCCAGUUCAUCCACACGACAACCUAACCCAUCUUCGCAAUUGUUUGCACAACACAAUCCGAUUGAGGAGGAAGAUGAAUCCCACAUACCAGUGGAGGAGGAAUUCGAAACCUCCACAAGACAAGCAAACUCACCCUGGCAAUCUUUUACAAAACACGAUCCCAUGGAGGAGGAAGGAGAAAUCCCCGCACCAAUGGAGGAGGAAGUGGGAACCUCCACAGCAAUGGAAGAGGAGCGUGAUGUGCAAGAAGCAGUGAUCCCUUUAUUACGUGUUAUAAAGCCUGGGCGCCAUAAGGGAUCACCUUGGGUUGAAAUGAAGGUCAACCGAUUGCGUGUCCUUCGUCCAGAAGCAAAGGCAGUCAUCUCAUAUGCCAUGGAUGAGAGCAGAAAUGAUGAUGAAAUGCUGGUGAACAUAAAUGAUAUUUUCCUCACAAGAAAAGAGAUGAGAACAAUCUCUUACAAUCAUUGGAUAUCAAAUAUGGUGGUUGAAGUCUAUUGCCAAAUGCUCCAGCUGAAACAAAAGCGUAGAGGAACCAAAUUUUUCUUUCCGCCUUCGAUUGGGGUAAUGUUGGUUGAGGUAUUCACCGGAAGAGAUCUACAAAACUUCAUAUACAAUGUGCCCAACGUACCUCAACAGCCCGAUAGUGAUAGUUGUGGUGCUUUCAUGUUGGACUUCAUGGAGAAAUGGGAUGGUUCACUCAGUCACCCAAAAGAGAAGGUGGAUGUUGAUAGAUUACGUGCAAUUAUUGCUUCAAAUUUGCUUUCAGAUGACAAUAACAAAAUGAAGGAUUUUGUAAAGAACAAAGCACUUUAUCCAUUUGGUCAAGCAUGUUGAUUUCAAGUAAGCUUCCAUCAGCUUACUUGUGGUUAGUAAUUUUUUUUAUUUUUUUUUAUUUUUAUGAUUCUAACAUCACCUCCAUCAGCCAACAAGGUACCAUUUACCUCAAGGAACCUCACAUACCAGUAUUUGCCCAGUUGGAAGCUAGAGGAAGUGGGAUAGGACGAUCGUUGAAUUUUCUAAAAAGUGGUACCUGAAAUGAUGUGGGAUAUGGGACAUUUGUAUUGUUGAAUAGUGUCAUUUUUUUUUCAUGUAUUUUGCACUCUGUUGGUGUUAGCUAUUUUUAAAGUUUUAAAGAAUAGUAGCUUUGCAACUUUUGAUUGUGGAUUAGGUUGGUAUAUUUUUGCAACUAUUGUAUGGCUUAUUAUAUUGGCAUCUACCUUACAUGAAAUCAAAUGAAGUUGCUCUUUUGGGUUCUCAGGAAUUAGUAUUGUAUGGCUUAUUAUAUUAGGGUCUC